AUGCCGGCUAGGGGGCGUGCCGUGAGCCAAGACGCGAGAUGGCUGCGCAUGCCACCACCGGUGCCGUCCGGCACGGGUCAAGAAUUCGAGCCUCUGCCGCCGUGGUCCGAACCACAGGCCGGAUUCCGGAGCCAAGGCGAUGUGCUGGCUCCGCAGCUACCUGUAGCAGCAUUUGGCAGGCGCGACAGCCUCGGUCUCAGUGCUGUUGCCGGAGGCCUGAGCCUCAUCGAGCGGAUCGGUCACGAGCUGAAACGCAUCGCGAAGGUUCUCGGCGAAUCCCCUUCAGCACCUGCGGCUUCGGCGUACCAGCCGACGGGCCCGGCGGUGCAGCUCCAGCAGUCCCUGGAUGCCCUGACUGGCUGGCGUGCAGGCGCGUCGGAGCAGCAUUCACUCCUCCUCCUCCUCCUCCUCACCAUGUCUGGCAUAUUCAUCGUCGUCAUCAUCAGCAUCACGACGGUCUUAAGAACCAAGAGCAUGGCCACCACCAGCACGCCUGCCAUUAUCAAGGUCUUUGUCUUCCUCGUAGGAGUUGCUCCGGGAAAUGCCAAUGACAUCGCCCUGCACUGUGUCUCUGCUUUGGAGUGGUCGGCCAUGAGUUUCCGUAUCUGGCUGAAUGGCAGGGAGCUGAACUGUAGCAGCAGGAAGGCCGCCUCGACAGUGGACAUUGGCACGAACGCCUUCCAAGUGCAACGGAAUCCAGCAGAGAACAUCUCGCUGAACCAAGUUGGCACGUACGAUGUGAAGGUGGAGAGCUUGAGCCGCAACAUCGCUGACGUUCCCUUCAAGGUCCUUGUGCGACGGUCCGGGCAAGAGGCGGAAAUCUACGAAGGCGUUUGGCCUCGCAGAGCGGCAAAAAGCUUGAUGGACGUCUGUCAAGUGACGGUGGAGCCAGAGGACCUCUUCGAGCAGUCGCCGGAAGCCCCUGAGGACCUCCCACCCAGAGUGUCAUCGCCACCGCCCAGCGCGGCAUCAGGAGUCGCCACGACGCCAAAGUUUGCGUUCGAGGAUGAUGGGCUGGCGAGUACACUUCAGGCUCCCGCGAACCAGAGGACCUUCGCCUUUGAUCCGCAGCGGCUUCCUUCAUCGCAUAGGCGCCUGCCGGCCAAAGUGUCGGGCCUGGCACAGCCGGGCGAAAUCCAGGUUCCGGCGAAAUACCGAAGCGAAGCUCCUGCGCCAUGCAAGGUCUUUGCGGACGCCUUCCCCGAGGAUGUGGAGGUUAGCUUGCCCUGUACCUCCUCGGCGCAGGCAAGCUCGCCCUCGCCGUUGCGGGCGGCAUCAGCGCCGGCGCCCCCAUGGCCCCAGGAGGAUGAGUUUCCGCCUCCGGCACGGCAGGCAGUCAUGGCCGGCAGAGGAGCCGGGCGGAUGACACCCGAGCCGAGCAUUUGCCUCGUUCAGGGGUCGAAUGGGACCCAAGGGGAUCGUCCGCGCAGCCCACCUGCUGGGCCCCAGCUGGAGGCUGCCGCAGAUAGCCGGGAAGGAGAGAGGCGGAGCAAACGACGGCAUCGCCGGGAGGGCAGCCGACGAAGCAGCCGGUCUUCACUGCCCGAGUUUGAGGGCGAAGGCAACGACAGGAGACAAGCGCCGGUUAAAUCGGAGAUCUUACCCAUCGCGGACCAGGCUGACGGCAGUUCCCUCGCGGCCUCCCCGCCGCUCUCGCGCAGGCCGAGUACCGAAGCCGAGACCGUCGAUGGGCGCGCCUCCGACCGCUCGCACCGGCGCUCCCGCAGGCGUCAGGAGUCGGACGAGCUGAGCCAGGGUGUUUCAGAGAGAUCUGAAAGAUCCGAGCGACGGCGGCGUCGACGCCAGGACUCUAAGCCCCGAUUGAUCCUGAACCGCGUGCAGGAGGAUGAGGAGACGAAUGCCACCUCUGAGUCACGAAGAAGCCACAGGAGCCGUCGGCGACGCGGAGAGGACGAGGAUGCCGCCAGCGAGGCGACAUCCGGUGGCUCUCGGCGGCGGCGGGACGACGAGGCACCAGGGUUGGCCCGAAUCCGGGAGGAGAGUAGCGGAGGCAGUCCCCCGGGAUUUCCACAGGGUUGGGAGGGGAGGGGCUGCUGUCUGACGAACUUGCAGGCGGCUGAGAUCACCAACGCCGCGAUCUCCGCAGCGCCGCAGAGGCUCGAGAUGCAGACGCUGGCGGUGCCGCCUCUCGUGGAGGAUCGCGGCUGUGGAUCCGACGAGGAGACUGGAAGGAAACGCACCGGAUUUUCGCUGUUCGUCACGCUGGCCUCUUUCCGCGGGUGA